CUUUUUCAAAUGUCACGCUCAGUCAUAUCAGUUCCUAUAAAUUGAAACGGAGAGAGUAUAAGAUAUUCACUCCUUGUUGAUCAUUUCUAAAAAAGUCCCACAAUUAUAUUUUCCAGGCAACUUUGGCUAUGACAGGGAGUGUGGAGGAGUCAAAGAAGUUGCAGCUCUACUCAUAUUGGCGGAGCUCAUGUGCAUUUCGUGUCAGAAUAGCUCUCAAUUUGAAAGGAUUGGAAUAUGAGUAUAAAGCUGUUAACUUGCUCAAAGGAGAACAAACGGACCCUGUAAUUGCCGACUCUUUUGCUAUCAUAAUGUAUCUGGAAGAGAAGUAUCCCCAGCGAGCAUUGUUGCCUCAGGAUCUUCAGAAAAGAGCAAUCAACUAUCAAGCAGCAAACAUUGUUGCGGCAAACAUUCAGCCUCUACAGAAUCUUGCCGUACUUAAUUACAUCCAAGAAAAAGUUGGCCCUAAUGAGACAACCCCUUGGCUUCAAACUCAUAUAAGAAAAGGCUUUGAAGCACUUGAAAAGCUACUAAAAGAUUAUGCUGGGAAGUAUGCAACAGGAGAUGAAAUUUAUGUGGCCGACUUGUUUCUGGCACCUCAGAUCUAUGCCGCAGUCAAGCGUAUUGAAAUUGACAUGUACACACUAGGAUGUCUAUGCCUUUAUAGACAUCCUAGUGUGUGCAUGAGAGUCAUUUUCGUUUCUACUCACUUUUUGGUACUAAAAGAACAUGGUACAAUCAAGAAUUUGUAAUCCUAAAGAAGGGAAAAUAACGUCUUUCUUGAUUUAUGUAGAAUCUUAUUCAGUGUCUUGCAAGCCUCAGUUAAUUAGUACCUGAUCUUGUGAAUUGUUUCUUAGUGGCUUGCAUAAUGAGCAUCUACAAUAUACUUAUGUUUUCUCACAUCUUGGAGUAGAGACAAGGCAGUGCACUGCUAGCUUCUUUAUCAGAUAAGGGGGACUAAUUUCUGCUUCAUUUCAUUUGUCUCCUGAUAGCUGCAAUCGAUUGUUCCCGUAUAGUUUACCUUACUGUGAUUAGCGUCUUGCCAAUCCAUUGCUUUGUAACUUUUCUUUUGGUCUAUUUCUUCUUUUAAUCAAUUGUCGCUUUCAAGAAGUAAAUUCUCCUCUCAAAAAGCUGGAUGGUAUAUCCACUUCACUUGAUUUGCCUUAGUCAAUGGUGGAACUUUCAUAUUUCUUAGGUGAAGUUAUACGUAUACAUUACUUCUCUUUAACUUAUGUAUUCUUCUUAAAAGUUGUCGAUGCAAU